GCUUGGGCGCGAGACCCAGCGAGGCGAGCAGAGCUGCGCGCGCACCCGGGGAAACGGGAGGGGGAAGGGAGCGGGGUCUAGCCAGGCGGGGGCGGGGGGCUAAGCCCCCGAUCCCCACCUCGUUACCCUCGAGUGGGACGGAGUAAGGGGAGGAAAUGAUCGAGAUGGCGGCGGAGAAGGAGCCGUUUCUGGUGCCGGCCCCGCCGCCGCCGCUCAAAGAGGAGUCGGGCGGAGGGGGCGGCCCCACGGUGCCACCACCCCGAGAGGCCGCCUCCGGGGAGCCCCGCGGCGAGCCGGAGCGCGGCCCGGGCCGGAGCGCGCGCUCCGCGGACGCCCCUGCCUCGGCAGCCGGCAGCGGGAGCCCCGGCGCCGCCGCCACCCCUCAGGGCGGCCCCCGGGCGCAGCCGCACGGGGAGGCCCGCGUGUCGGAUCCCCACGGGCGAGCCGCUCCCCCGGAUGUGGGGGAGGAGCGCCGGGGAGGGGGCGGGACGGAGCUGGGCCCCCCUGCCCCUCCUCGGCCGCGUAAUGGCUACCAGCCCCACCGGCCCCCUGGGGGCGGCGGGGGCAAGAGGAGAAACAGCUGCCACGUCGGGGGCGGCGGUGGGGGCUUCAAGCACCCGGCGUUCAAGAGGCGCCGGCGGGUAAAUUCGGACUGUGACUCCGUGUUGCCCUCCAACUUCCUCCUCGGGGGCAACAUCUUCGAUCCGCUGAACCUCAAUAGCCUUUUGGAUGAGGAAGUGAGCCGCGCACUCAAUGCGGAGACCCCUAAGUCAUCCCCACUGCCCGCCAAGGGCCGAGAUCCAGUGGAGAUCCUCAUCCCCAAAGAUAUCACUGACCCGCUCAGUCUCAACACUUGCACUGAUGAGGCUCAAGUAGUUCUUGCUUCGCCGCUCAAGACUGGUCGGAAACGGCACAGACACCGGGGACAGCACCACCAGCAGCAGCAGCAGCAGGCGGCGGCGGGUGGAGGGAGUGACAGCCACUCCGUGCCGCCCACCGCCCCCCUCACCCCCUCACUCCACGGGGAGGGCGCCGCGCAGCAGCAGCGCCCGAGGGGCCAGAACCGGGAUGCCCCCCAGCCCUAUGAACUCAACACAGCCAUCAACUGCAGGGAUGAGGUCGUGUCUCCCCUUCCGUCCGCCCUGCAGGGCCCCUCAGGCUCCCUUCCGGCCCCUCCCGCUGCCUCAGUUACCUCUGCACCCUCGUCUUCCUCCUCCCGGCAUCGCAAACGGCGCAGGACUUCCAGCAAGUCUGAGGCCGGGGCUAGGGGUGGAGGCCAGGGUCCUAAGGAGAGGGGCCGCGGGAGCUGGGGAGGCCGCCACCACCCGCCACCUGCGGCAGCGUUUAAAAAGCAGCAGCGCAAGUUCCAGUAUGGGAAUUAUUGCGAGUACUAUGGGUACCGCAAUCCUUCCUGUGAGGACGGCCGCCUUCGUGUGUUGAAGCCCGAGUGGUUUCGCGGCCGGGACGUCCUAGACCUGGGCUGCAACGUGGGCCAUCUGACCCUGAGCAUUGCCUGCAAGUGGGGCCCCUCGCGCAUGGUGGGCCUGGAUAUCGACUCCCAGCUCAUCCACUCUGCCCGCCAGAACAUCCGACACUACCUGUCCGAGGAGCUGCGGCUCCCAACCCAGACUUCGGAGGGAGACCCCGGGGCAGAGGGGAAGGAAGGGACUACCACCGUCCGGAAGAGGGGCUACUUCCCAGCCUCGCUGACAGCCAGCCGGGGUCCCAUCGCUGCACCCCAAGUGCCCUUGGAUGGAGCGGAUUCAUCCGUCUUCCCCAACAAUGUCGUCUUCGUCACGGGGAACUACGUGCUGGAUCGAGACGAGCUGGUGGAAGCCCAGAAAGCAGAGUAUGACGUGGUGCUCUGCCUCAGCCUCACCAAGUGGGUGCAGCUCAACUGGGGAGACGAGGGGCUGAAGCGCAUGUUCCGCCGGAUCUACAGGCACCUGCGCCCCGGGGGCAUCCUGGUCCUGGAGCCCCAGCCCUGGUCAUCCUACAACAAGAGAAAGACUCUGACGGAGACCACCUACAAGAACUACUACCGAAUCCAGCUGAAGCCAGAGCAGUUCAGUUCCUACCUGACUUCCCCAGAGGUGGGCUUCUCCAGCUAUGAGCUGGUGGCAACCCCCCACAACACCUCCAAAGGCUUCCAGCGUCCGGUGUACCUGUUCCACAAGGCCCAUGCCCCCAGCCACUAAGUGGCCCCUGAACACAACAUGUGAAGAGGCUGCCCUCGCUGCUCUUAAGGACCUGGGGGCAGAGGAAAGUAGCCCGAGGUCUUUCUUUUCUGACUCCAAAAAUAAUUUCCUCUCUUGGAUCUGCAAAGAAAGCUUUUCUUAUGUUGCUGCCCCAGCCUCCUCCCUACACCUCCGGCACCUGAGCAGCAAGCCCGGCCGUGCUGGAGCUGCCAUCUUCCUCUCCCCCAGCCUGCUGGACUGGAUGGCAUGGACUGUUUGCUUACCUCUGUUCUCCCAGGGGGUGGGAGGUGUGGGGUGUCAGGUCUCAAGCCCUUUCCUCCCAUUCUCCCAAGGAGAAGCCCAUUUCUCCUCGGCCUGUGUCCCUAGCUGCAUUUCAGUGGACCACGGAUAGGCGGUCUGAGGGUCAGACGGGGAAGCUUGCAGGGAGGCACGCAGGUACUGUGAAGAUCCUCCCUCCGCUGUCCCCCAGUGGGAAGAGGGGGUUGGAUUUUGAAUGUGAGAACAGCACAAUAAACUUGAUGUCUAGGGCAGUGGCCCCCA